AUGAAGGAUUUGCCUGCUGCCAACACCUCCUCUGUGAACGUCACCGGGCAGCAUGAAACCAAGAGCAAUCACGAAGCGACUCCCACUGUGGCCUCUAAGAAGGAGCAGCAGCAGCAGCAGCAGCAAACAGAAACACCUUCACCAGCUUGUCCAGAGCCUGGACCCAGGGGUACAGUGAACAAUUUGCCAAAAAUAACAGCUGAAGAAGACCCAGCAUUUGUGGAUGGGAACGGCAGCAUACAGGCCCAAACAACGGGGUCUGGAGCAGCGGCAGGUCGGGCAGAAAGCCCUUCUUCACAGCACCCAGCAACUGGAGCUCCCGAACACAUGAUGAAAAUAGAUGGCGACCCAAAUGGCACGCGAUAUCCCUUGGCAGCUCCUUCAACUCACCAAGCCCGGCUGCGCUGGACCGACCCGAUGACAGUGCAUGAUCAUCCAGACUGGAGCCGGAGCCAGUCGGCAAAAUCGCAGGCUUCGCAGCAGGAGGUGCAGAAGGGCACUCAGCGAAUCGAAGCGCCUGAAGCCGCCCAAACGGGUAUGCGAACAGGCCAAUCCCCACCGCUGCCACAGAGCCGGGAGCCGGCUGAUGCCGCUGGUGCGCAACUGGAUCAACAGGGGCAACCGUCCUGGCCCUCGCCGACACCGCAGUGCAAUCAACUGGAACAACCACAACGGCAACCGCAUGCGCAACCGCACGUGCAACGCUCAUUGCUGUCCACAUCGACACCGUUCCCGCCGCCAGCAUCUGGCCCUGUGGCAUCCCAAUCUCACUCAUCGACUCUGUCAGUAGGCUCAGUAGGAUCGCAGACACCCUUGCAGCCCCAGACGCCAGCGGCACCCAUCGCCCAGACCCUUCCAGCUGCGCACGCGCAACCCGGCCCAGUUUCAUCUCAUACUCAUCCUCAACAUCCACAACACCCACCGCCGUCAUCAUGCCAGAUUAAUGAUCCACAGCCUGCUCCUGCUCCUCCUUCUUCGACCCCGCAAAGUUAUCCGCCAGCUUAUCCUCAGUCGCAUCCUUAUCCUCCACAGCAUACUCACUUAUCGACCACGCCAUCUGCGCCCCCGUUGCCGGCGAUUCAUCAUCAACCGCCACAACAACCAUAUCAUUAUCAACACCCGCCCCCCUCCCAGCCGCAUACCCCUCUGCCACCUUCCAGCCCUCCCCGAGGUCCCAUUACCAAGCCCAUCAUCAUGGACCCCCCCAGCGUCCGGAAGGCCCAACAGGUUCAACAAGCCCAGGCCCAGCAGAGCCCGCAGCCCCAGGCGGUUGGCUUCCCAUCGCCGAGUCUGGACCACGCCCGUAUCAAUCCCAAAUUCAUUGACGACUGCACCCGUCUUACCUAUGCUGUUCAGCAAAGCUUGCCAGAGGCAGUUCGUCGGAUAGUGCGCGACCAUUGGGAAAAGUGUUUGAUUGGUUCUGACUUUCAUCAAGCUUUUAUUCUUAAUGCUUCCAUUCACCAUGCCGCACCCAGCAUCGCUCAGCGCGCAGUCCGAGAUUUUGGCCGUAAGCUGGUUUCAGAGGCCAAACAUGAAUUUAUUGGCCACUUCACUGCAGAAGACCUCGAUGAUGUCGCCGACCUCAUCAUCAGCAAGGCCAGCGACAAAUUCCUUGACAAAUGCCUGGAGAAACGGCUGCUUACCAUUGAAGCUAAACCACUCAUCAAUGCCUUAGCCAAAGCAGAACGUCUGGGCUAUGACUCGUCGGAUAUCAUCCAGGAUGACCAACACGAGCGCGUCAUCCCUAAGGAGGCCUUUCCCGGAGCCUCUACCAAGCCGGCCCCUUACCCCGCACAACCCAGCCAGGCAAUGCCAUAUCCAGCUGCAGAGCAGCGAAUGCAAUGCCUGAAGUGCUUCCGCACUUUUAUCUACAGCUCUGCUUACGACUACCAUAUGAGAUAUAACGUCUGUAGUCAGAUUCCACCGACCGCUAAUGGCUUUGAGUACUCUUGUCCCCACUGCGGUCAAGGCUUCACCAACGUGGUUGACCUCCAAUUUCACGGUAAUAACCGGGCCUGCGGCGUUGAUCAGGCUCCAACAAAGGUCCAUCGUGGACCAGGCCGUCCCCCCAAGUCGGCUGAGCUCACACCCCAGUCUAGUUCGACUGGUGUCCUCUCUUUCCAGACUCUUGUCACGAAUGGUCAGGCAGCAACUCCCUCCCAUACUGCCGCUGUCAAGCGUGCUACUGCCACAACACCGAACUCUCCAUCCAAUCCAUAUGCCCACUUGACGGAGGAGCAACUGCAUGCUAUGAAUGAAGAACUCCGACGUGCAGAGGAACAGUUUGCCCAUAGGUUUGCCGAGGCAGAGAAGAUUCCGGACGAAAGGGCUCGCAAGGCGAAGAUCGAGGGGCUCCGGAACAGCUUUGGCACAAAACAGUCCAUCAUCCGAAAGAAGUACGGCGUACGCUUACGCGAGCGCCGUACCAAGGCCGAGAUCAUGGCAGAGCGUGAACGCAUGGGUCUCUUGAAGCAGGAAAAGGAGAGGAAUAAGGCCCAGACUGCAAGCCCGACGCCUAGUACCAUUGGUGCGAGCAGCCAGUCCGCUGUGAACACCGCGCGAGCAGCGGCAGCCGUCUGGGAAGAACACGAAGCCAAACGCCGCCGCCUUGAUGGCGCAGGCGGCUAUCGAACUCCUUACAAGCCAGUCCCUCCCGUAGCAAACGACAGUACACCGACCGAUAACACGCCAACCGCACGCAAGAGCCUCACCAUCGCAGAGAUCGGCGGCAGCUUAUCAAGAACGGCCGCCACUGCCGCCUCCCACGACCCAAUACUGCCCGAUCCUGUUUCCCACCCGCCCUCGACACGCGUCUACAAGCAAGCAGAUGCACGCAUCGAAGUUCCCGAACCUGUCGCUUCAACGCCAAACAAGCAAGCCAUCUUUAAGCCCGAUCCACCUUUUCCCACAUCCGUCACGCUCUCAGGCGACGAGGAUGGCAAAGAUGUUUCCAAAGUAGACGCCUCCGCCGCAGCCGACAAGCGCAACGACACCCAAAACGGAAAUGGCGUGCUACCUCACCACCAGCACAACCGCGCCCUCAACAAGAGCGUGACUGGGGCACAACAACACGACCUCCGGGAUCACGACGGUGACAUCUCGAUGGGCGAAACCGUUCAGGGCACAUCAACCGUCGCCGCAGCAGCCGAACCCAGCGAUUCAGCGACAGACGGGGGCGAUGAGUCGUCGGAUGACGACGACGACGACGACGGAGACAUCCCAGCCACGUUACCCGCAAAGAAACCAGUAGUUGGAGCUAAUGGGGGAAUACUGCAGAAGUGA